AUGUUCAACGCUCUCAACCGAUUCAUAUCCCGGCUUGACGGUGACGCCCCGUCGGCACCCAAGGAAAACCACGGCGGUUUUGGCUUCCAAGUGCUGCGCAACACCAAUCUGCAGCUGGCCAUUGAGCCAUGGUUUGAUUUUGUUGUCGGCAUCAAUGGGCGCAUGAUUGAUGAUUCGGACCCGAGGUUAUUUGCCCAAGAGGUGCGCAACUGCGCUGGCAGCACCGUCCUGCUAGGGCUUUGGAGCGCAAAGGGCCAGCGAACUAGAGCCCUGCGCAUCCCCGUCCCCGCCGAGACGGCGUCGCUCGGCCUCACACUGCAAUGGACCCCGCUCUCGGUCGUUUCCAACAUCUGGCAUGUGCUCGACGUGCCGCCCAACUCACCUGCCGAUGUAUCUGGGCUGCUCCCCUACAGCGACUACAUUCUGGGCACCCCAGAGGGCGUGCUACACGGCGAGGGCGGCCUGAGCGAGCUGGUCGAGGAUCAUAUUGGCCGCCCGUUGCGCCUCUAUGUCUACAACAACGAGUACAACGUCACGCGGGAGGUGACCAUCCAGCCUAGCCGGGACUGGGGCGGCGAGGGAGCGCUGGGUUGCGUGCUUGGCUAUGGGGCUCUGCAUCGGCUCCCGGCGCCGCUCAGUGAACCGGUCCAUGCGCCGGGGGAGACCAUGUUCGACGGUGACUCUGCGGCUGCCACUCAGGGGCAGUUUGUUGCAGUACCCGAGGGUGCGUCGCCCACCAGUUUUAUCCCAGCCGCCGAUGCGACAUCCCCAACCUCUCCGUUGGCGGAUAUACUGGUGCCUGCACAGAUGGUGGGUACACAGGCGCCGCCAAGGGGCAAAAAGAAGGAACGGCACCAUCAUGCUGGGCCGAACCUCAUGGACGAUUACUUCAAGGAACAGGAGAAGAAGAGCAGGGAACUAGAUAAUGCGCCCAGUAGGACAAACUCGCCGUUGCCGCCUCCGCCGAAGACGGGACCGCCAAAGGGGGGGCCACCUCGGACAGGGAGCGUGCCGCCAAGGGAAACAGAAGGGGGAGAAUGA